AUGGCCAUAUUCGCAGUAUCGUUCGCCUCCGGUAUCUUUGGCCCAGCUGCUGUGAUCCUGGCAGAAGAGUUCACAGCCUCUGAAACGCUUGUGCAGCUUGGUGUCUCGCUCUUCGUUGCUGGGUUUGCUGCCGGGCCUCUGGUCUGGGGUCCUAUCGCAGAAGUGGUGGGCAUGAAGAGGCCGCUUAUCGUCGGGACUUUGGGGUGUGCCCUCUUUCAUAUUCCUUUCGGCCUGGCCAAGAACCUCUCUACGAUUCUGGUCUCUCGGUUCCUGGCCGGAGCAUUUGGAAGCUCCGUGUUGGCUCUUGGCUCCGGCUUGGUCGUGAAGCCCUACACAGCGAUUCCGCGUGGUAUAGCUCUGGCCUGCUGUGCAACCUCGAUCAAUUUUGGUGCUGUUCUCGCUCCUAUCGUCGCAAGCUACGUGCUUGACAAGCGCGACUGGCGAUUCUUGGCAUGGAUAGUCCUGGUUCUGGUGGCCUGCAUGGUCCCGGCGUUGUUCUUCCUCAAAGAAGAACAGGCCUCGAAAAGCGCCGCCACUGCGGUUGGCCUCAACGGAGAGGGCAGCAAUCACUCAUCGACCAAGAAACCACGGAUGCGCUGCAUAGACUUUGCUCGAAUCUACUUGACGAAGCCCAUUGUGCUCUUCUGCAAAGAGCCCAUCCUUAUCAUCAUGACGGUACACCUCACUUUUGUGUAUGGCCUCCUGUACAUGUCGUUUCAGCUAUUCCCGCUAGCUUACAAAGAGAGGGGAUGGGCAGACACGACUUCGACGUUGCCGCUUUUGGCGGUGGCCAUAGGCCUUCUUGCCUCCUUAGUCGCUGUUGCAGCUUUUAUGACGACUUGGUUCAAACAGCAAUGGCAACGAGAUGAUGGUGUCACGAACCCCGAGCACUGCUUGCCUCCGAUGAUGGCGGGUGCCGUCAUUCUUCCUCCGGCCCUGCUAUGGUUCGGGUGGUCUAUGCGAACCUCUUGGGUCUGUCAGGCUCUUGCAUCCGCAUUCAUAGGGCUCGGGCUACAACUUAUUUUCAUCAGCGGCAUCUUGUAUCUCGUUGACGUCUAUAAAGUACGCAUCGUGCCAGCAAUGUCGAUACACGUCACAGUACGUAGCAUAUUUGCGGCCUCUUUUCCUUUAUGGACAAAGGGCAUGUACGAUUCUCUGGGGAUCGAAUGGACUGCAUCAGUCUUGGCAGGGUUUUCUCUUGUUUUGGCGCCGUUCCCAUUUCUCUUUUUCAUGCACGGAACAAGGAUAAGAGGAUGGAGUAAGUUUACCGAAAAGGCGACGGUAGCAGGCCGUCGGAUGUAA